CGCGCCCGCUCCGCGGACCCCCCCCGCGCCCCCCGCGCCGGACCGGGCCGCGCCGCGCGGGGGGGCCUGGAAACCGCCGCCGGCCCCAUUUCCUCCGCGGGCGCGUGCUGGGGAUGCGUGCGCCUUUUUUUGAUUUUUUUUGAUUUUUUUCCCCGAUUUUUUUGCCCUAUUUUUUUUUUUUUACCUCCCCCUCCGCCCCCCCCCACCCCCCCACCCCCCGCCGCCGCGGCCCCAUGGUGGAGCGGCGCUGAGCGGCCGCGCAGGCCGGGGCGGUGCGGCCGCGCCCCCCGGGGCUGCCCCGGCUCCGCGGGGCUCGUCCAUGGAAAGCGGCUCCGUCAUCGCCCAGGUGCAGCGGGAGGAGGCGCCGCGGCUCCCCGCGCCGGGCUUUGUCUCCAGGUCUUCCCCCAAGAAACCCCGUGGCCGGAGCAUCUUCAAAGCGCUUUUCUGCUGCCUCCGCGCCCAGAAUGGCGGCCAGGGGGGCUGCGGGGCCGAGCACGGGGCCUGCAAGGAGGAGCCCAGCACCAUCGCCAAGUCCGACCUCCUGCCGUGUCUCCAGUACCAGUUCUACCAGAUCCCCGGGACCUGCCUCCUGCCCGAGGUGACGCAGCAGGACCAGGGCCGGAUCUGCGUGGUCAUCGACCUGGACGAGACGCUGGUGCACAGCUCCUUCAAGCCCAUCAGCAAUGCCGACUUCAUCGUGCCCGUGGAGAUCGAGGGGACCACGCACCAGGUCUACGUGCUCAAGCGGCCGUUCGUGGACGAGUUCCUGCGGCGCAUGGGGGAGCUCUUUGAGUGCGUCCUCUUCACGGCCAGCCUGGCCAAGUACGCCGACCCCGUGACCGACCUGCUGGACCAGCGCGGGGUCUUCCGGGCUCGGCUCUUCCGGGAAUCCUGCGUCUUCCACCAGGGCUGUUACGUGAAGGACCUGAGUUUGCUGGGCCGCGACCUGCACAAAACCCUCAUCCUGGACAACUCGCCGGCCUCCUACAUCUUCCACCCCGGCAACGCGGUCCCCGUCCAGUCCUGGUUCGAUGACAUGGCGGACACGGAGCUGCUCAACCUCAUCCCCAUCUUUGAGGAGCUCAGCGAGGCGGAGGAUGUCUAUGCCAGCCUCGGCCAGCUGCGGGCACCCUAGGGCCCCCCUGGGGGCCCCCCCCGGCCCCGCUACGGCUGGGAACCUUCACUCAGUGCCUUGGAUCGAAGAUGCCGGGUUGGGGCGCCGCGGCUGGGCCCCGACCCCGGGGUUCCCCGUCCCUCUGCCCGGCCCCCGGCGCAGGGCAGCGGCUGUGAGCCCCCGUCUCCCUCCUGGUUCCCGCCCCUGGCCUGGGCCCUGCACAGGAGGGCGCCAGGAGCCCAGUUCCCCCAGUUUGCCGUGACUGGGUUGGACUGGUUCCGCCUCAGGGGCGAAGCCCGGCAGGACGGGCAUCAGGAUCCCCCUCCUCAGGGCACCGCAGGCUGGUGGGGCACCUCUGCUCCCCCCUCUCCGCCCGGAUCCCGGGCAGGGGCUCCCGUCCCACGAGCACCGCUGGCCUCUGCCCCGGCUCGGUCCCCACGGAGCUGCCCCGCACCCGGGAGCGGUGCCCGAUGCAGCUGCCAAGCCUUACUGCUGCCCCCGCCGGGGCCCAGCGCCCCCCCCGCGGCCUGCGUGGGACCGGGAACGCACCCCCUGCCCGGGCCCUGCUCCUCAGGUCGCGUCCGUGCCUCCGACGGCCUCAGGUAACACCCAUGGGUGCUAGCACCUCCGCCCCGGGGGACUGAACCCCCCCCCCAAUGCAGCUGGGCCUGGGGGACCCUGUAUCUCACUGUGGCCCCCCCAGGGACUCAUCUCGUGCUGCUCUGUGUCCUGCGAGGGCCAGGGCAGCACCCAGGGGCCCCAGGGCACCCAGCCCCCACCGGCACCCGGAGCCCAGGGUGCCAAGGGGGGGGCAGCCCCCACGUCCCUCUGUUUACGUGCCUCCCCCUCCCACGUCAUCACUGCCAAAGGAAACCAGCCCCCCCAGGCACCGCCCUGGUGGCCCCUGCUCGGACCAAGGGUUGGGGGGGAGCUGGAAACUGCCCCCCCAUGGGCCCAAGCGCGCCCCAGGGGCGGGCAUGGCUCGGCCGCCGCAAGGCAGUGCCGUGCUGCUCUGGGCAGCCUCGCACCAGCCCCAGCUCUCGCCCCGGGGACCAGGUGCUGCUCGGCCCCCACCUGCCUUCGGGGGGGGUCACGUCUGCCUGUUGGGGACACCCUGGGCAGCCCCCCAGCCUGGGCGCAGCCCCCCCACGGGCCUCUCAGCAGCACUACCCCCGGGUGCCUCCUCCUUUUCGUAUUACUUGAAGGGGCGACGGCCCGGCCUGGCCUCGCUCUGUUUUUGGACCCUUUGUACUAACUGCAAUUAAAGAAACCAGCAGAAAA